AUGGCUCGAUGGGAAUAUUGGCCUUAUUAUGGGUUGGAAAAUUACCUUUAUACUAUGCCAUUUGAAGCGAAAUUCAAUAUGAUGGAAUCAACCAAAUGGAUGCAAGAAAACUGGUUCCAUAGCAUAACAUCCUCCAUUGCAUAUGUCAUUUCUAUUUAUAUUGGACAAAAGCUGAUGGAAUCACGCAAACCGUUUUGCCUAGAUAAUCUACUGAUAGCAUGGAAUUUCGGUUUAGCAUUAUUUUCCCUAUUAGGCGUGUGUCGAAUGACACCAGAAUUAUUGUGGAGUGUUCGAGAGAAUUCUUUCGAAUAUUCGAUAUGCACAGCUUCAUUUGCACAAGGUGUUACAGGAUUUUGGACCGAAAUGUUUGCUUUGUCCAAAGUUGCUGAAUUUGGUGACACAGUAUUUAUUGUGCUGCGCAAACGUCCGUUACUUUUUCUUCACUGGUACCAUCACGUUACCGUGCUUGUUUACACGUGGCAUGCUUACAAAGAUCAUACGGCUUCAGGACGAUGGUUUAUAUGGAUGAAUUACACUGUGCAUGCAUUUAUGUACACCUACUAUGCGCUUCGGGCAAUGCGUAAACGGCUUCCAAAAAUGGCAGCAAUGAUGGUUACAAUUUUGCAGAUCUUACAGAUGGUUGGAGGAGUUUUUAUCGGAAUAAACAUUUUGCGAAUAAAGCUUUCUGGACGUGCUUGUCAGCAAACCUGGAGCAAUCUGUAUUUCUCAUUUACCAUUUACUUUUCGUAUUUUCUGCUCUUCUGCAAUUUCUUCUACUGCACUUAUUUGAAAAAAGGGAAUAGAUAUCAUGCGGUACUCGCCGGUGGAAUCCGUAACAAAAUUCAAAAGGAUGGAAUCAUGGAAGAACCAUCAGAAGAUAAAAAUGAAGAAAACGAUGUCGCUGGGAAGGUCAGGAAUCAUUUAAAGAGGAGGGUAGUGAAAUAA